AUGUCUAUCAGGCAUCCGAUAAAACGGACCAUCCGAGAGUCUCCGUGCGAUGUGGGCUACGCAUACAUCCCCAUCGCAUUCGUGCUACUGCUAUAUUUAGUGUACUUGGUGGAGUGCUACCACAGCACAGCAAGGAUACAGCUCGCGAGAAGGGUUGACGUUGCUGCUGUCAGUGCGAGGGUGCAUGCUAUGAGGACAUCUACGCCGAGGGUUUGGUGGAAGGCGAUAUGCUACCAUUACGUGAGACGCAAGCGGCAAGUCACGCGAUACCGUAACGGAGACGCUUAUACAACCACUCAGGUAUAUUACGAAAGAGUGAAUACACACAGUGCUAGCACGUCGUUUGCCCAUGCUUGCUGUGGGCAGCGUGAUGCUUCAAGAAAUCUCGUAUUGGACUCAAAGACUCCUAUCACAAAAGUUCGAUUUAGUAAAGGUUUUGCGUUUGCUAAUAUCGAAGCGGCAAGUGAAUUCGAAGAUCAAAGGUCAAGGUUUUUCGCUGAACAUGAAAGGUUUGAUGACUUCAUGGAAAUGCGUGAAGGCUUGGACCUUAUUGGGAUCACAAAAAUAUUCGGUACAAAUUACGAACUUGAUCCAAGUCGACAGUUAGAUCUUGACACCCAUUUGUCAGAUACAAUGCCACCGGUGACUGCAACUAACUAUGCGUGGGCACUCGCUGAUGAGCAAAGUGCUGUUCUAUGUUCAGCUCCCCGUCCGCCUCGCACAUUACCCCUCUCGCAUGCUUCCACAGUCGACAGCCUGGAACUCUUCGCAGCCAUACGGGGAAAUUGUGCCUUAGUUCCUUCUUAUUCAGAAGCAAUGCGUAUUGACGCCGCCCUUAGAGAAGAACCCGUCGAAACCAGCACUCAAACAGUACCAGAAGAUGGAGUCGUAAUUAACAUAGAACCCCAAACAAGGUCACCAUUACGGAACGUCAAAGCGGCAUCUUUCGAUGACCCUCCCCGAAGGCCAAGAGUUACUAUUGCGUCUACACAUUCUACUCAUAAUAUUUCUGCUACUGCUAGGUCCAAUGAAGUAAGACAGUUGAAUAGACGGUCAUGGGCAGGAGUGCUAACUACGGGCCGAAGCGCUAGGCAAAUAUUAGAAGAAUUUAGAGGAACAAAUUCCCCGACGAACUACCAGCAAAUGCCAGAACCACAAGAAAGUGGAAGUAGUGAAAGCACAUUAUAUUUCUCCAGAGAAUUGUCUCCAACUUGCUCAAGAGAUCCUUUCGGGGGUCGAGCACAAACUACACCUACUGACGAGCCCCCGUCAUAUGAAGAGGCUCUAAAAAUGCCUGCAUUAAGAAAAUUAACGAGGUCUAUUACAGGAACUAAUUUAGCUGGUUCUAGGAGAGCGUUCUUACGGGAUAUACUUACGAAUAGAAGAUCAUGUUUGGAAGGCGUAGGGGUGUUGGCAGGAACUAAAGUAGUUAGGUUGCCGAAUACUGAAUCCGGUGACGAGACGCCUCUAUAG